AUGGAAAAGCAGCCCAUCACCGAGGAUCUGGCCAACGUGAAACCUAUUCGGGGCGCACAGCCAAACUGCUUAGGGUAUACGGAUGACAAGGGCAUCGAGCAUAGUAUUUACCUCCCCCAGGGCACUAUGCAUGCCGCGUACGACCACCUAGAGAACAAGCGAUGGGACGAGCUAGCAAAGUUUGCUCCGUACACGGGUCAAGGAUACAAGGAUGAGGACUUCAAACAUUACUAG